GAGAAUAAGCGACGUAAACAUUGCGGCUUCAGAGAAAUCCCGAAAAUGAAGACGUUCGGACUUUGCUCUUCUCUCUUUAGGAUAAAUGCGACGCAGGCGAAUAAAAAUGGGAUAAAUUCAGCUUUAAGAUUUUCUACCACGUCAGCUUUACGGGGACCAGAGAACAGGCGUUACAUACCCCGAAGGGCUGUCCUCUAUGUCCCCGGCAGUGAUGAGAGAAAACUGAAGAAAAUUCCAAGCCUUGGAGCUGACUGCAUUGUCAUGGACUGUGAAGAUGGAGUUGCACUCUCCAAGAAGGCUGCUGCCAGAUCGACCAUCCAUCGUGUCUUAGACAAGCAAGAGAUCGAUUUUAUGGGAAAGGACUGCUCUGUGCGAUUCAAUAGUGCAGACAGUGGACUGUGUGAAAUGGACAUGGUGGAGGUCCUUUCGGCAGCGCACCUCCCCAAUACGGUCCAUCUGCCUAAGGUGGAAUCACCAGAGCAGCUUGAUUGGUUUUCUGAAAAGCUGUGUCUGGCCCUCGGCAGUCGGAGGCUUCAAGAAAAACUGCGACUGAUAAUCUUUACCGAGUCGGCUCAGUCACUCCUAGACCUCCCAGCGAUUUGCCGGAGGGGGGUUGAGUUGUCCCGUGAUGCCCCCUUCUGCCUAGAUGGGGUUGUUUUUGGUUCAGAUGACUUCUGUGCCGAUAUUGGUGCCACAAGGACUAAUGAAGCCAAGGAGUUAUCGUUUGCAAGACAAUAUGUUGUUACUGUAGCAAAGGCUUUUAAGCUGCAGGCUAUUGAUCUUGUGUACAUUGAUUACAAAGAUUUGGCAGGGUUGAAAGUUCAGAGUGAAGAAGGAGCAGGUAUGGGUUUUACAGGCAAGCAGGUAAUCCACCCAGGGCAGGUGCCAGUUGUACAGGCUGCAUUUUCUCCACCCCCAGAGAAGAUUGAGUGGGCCAAGGCUCUCAUUCAGGCCUUUGAGGAACACCAGAAGGAAGGAAAGGGAGCCUUCACGUUCAGAGGUAACAUGAUAGACAUGCCACUCCUCCUGCAGGCACGCAACAUUGUGCAGUUGGCAUCAAGUCUGUAGGGAUUAGAAAGACUUACUGAAAAUGUGAUAGGGAUGAAUGUUGCAUUAGAUGUUCAUGAAUCACUUUUUGAAAUAUUGUGCAUUUUUCUUUACCUCAAUUUAUAUGAAACCAGAGUGCUUAGAAUAUGAGAAAAUAAUGCAGAUGAAAAUGUUGAUUAAUUAUCAGUAAAUAGGAAUGUGUUGCUAACAUAACGGAAUUGAUAUAUGUAGGAAUCAGAAUAACAAAAACAAAAAUUUUAUGAUGACAACAAAGAAAUAAGGAGGAGAUAGCCAAGAGAAGAACAAUAACAUUAACUGUCACUUGAAAGGAUGAAUAUGUCUAAAGAUAAAAAAACAAACUUCUCCAGUGAUUGGUCUUCCUGAUUUCAAUAAAGUAACUGGAAAUCUUGAACUAUAGAGUUAAACCCCAUAGUGAAUAUACCCUUUUGGCUAUUCAAACAGACCAGACCACUUUAACCUGGUCCUUAUAAACCCUCAAACAGCUGACAUAGAGUAGCAAGGUGUCUCUUUCUUUGCCAUUCUCCACAGGAAUAUAAUGUUAUGUCACCUACUGUUAAAGGGUAAAAAAGAAAAGCAGGGUAGUGUCUGGCUUGUCUCAUAUCCUGAUGGAUCAACAAAUGUUCAUUAACCAUAUCACAAUUUCUUUAGUAAAAGGGCAUAACAUUUCAAAUUUAAAGGCAUAGAAGAAAAAUGAAAUACAUAAAACAGGUAUAUGCCUAAAUAUUUUAAUCAUCUUAGUUCAAAUCAUCUGGGUGGGUCAGGUAUACAAAUUGGGCCGAGGGACUCAUUGUAUAGAUGACAAAAUACUAGUUGGAUGAGAAAUUAACUUUAAAAUGGAGAAAUAAGCAAGCAACUAAAUCAUCUGGACGACUUAGGGAAAAAGGUCAAUGGAGAAACCAAGGACGAUUAGUGGGCAGUAGUAGAAUCCUCCUCAGAAAUACCAUGACAGCCUAAGAAAACACAAGCUUUGGAUUGCUGGAAAGAUAUCACUAUAUUUUUUUUUCUGAUACUCUGGCAAAUUAUCAGGGCAUCAGGAAUGUUGGAACCGGAAAUGAUUAUGUGGGCAAUAGGUGACUUUUUCUUUAGCUUUUGUUAAUUCAAAUUUAUCCUAAAUGUGUAAAGGAAAGCUGCCUUUAACCUUUAUAGUAUAUUUACUUUUGUACUUGUAAAUAUGAGAUUAUUUUGUGUUAAUAGAUGUAUAUAGAUGA